UAAGACUCGCACUUCGCAUUCAGUUGGUUGUGGUGCCGACUCAAAACUCUGUCGACAGUGAACGCGAGUGCAACAAUAACGGACGCAGAUGCCGCAAAACUAGCUCGGUCCUAAAGUGUAUAGCCCCAGUCGGUAUUGUGUGCCAAUAAUAGCCGCAACGGAACACAAAGACAGCUCGUUUCAAUAAAUCAAAGUUUAGUGUUUCGCAUUGCGACGCGUGCCGCUGCUGCAACUGCAACCGAUUUCUGCCCCACAAUUGUCACCGGGUUGUAUUGUUGCAUAAGGAUAGUGCUGUCCGAAAUGGCCUGUCGCCCCCAUCUGCCCUAUGUGCUGGCCACUGUGGCCCUUCUACUGGCAACUGGUCUGAUUCUAUAUGGCAUUUUCAUGGAGCGGCCCCGUGAGCCGAACAAUCAAUUGAAAUUCGAAAAAAUUGCAAAACCUAAAGAGAAUUUCUUCAGCGAUGAAGCAGAGGCUGUGUUGCCCAUUGAUGGGGAAUUGCCCGGUUCCGCUGCUGGCGACUUGCAAGAUUUAGUUCCCAAAGUAUUAUUUUUGAUUGGUACCACAACAACGACCACAACAACAAUGUCGCCAUCAGCAGUAACCACCGUAAAAUCUUCUUCCGGGUCACCGUUCGAUCUAAGCAAAAUGAAAAUAGGGCAUCCUACGAUCACAACUGAGGUUUGAUUUCAAUAAAUUUGCAAAACCGUACAAUAUUUAUGCAAUCUGUUAUAUUGUUGCUAUUAUUGUUGCUGCCAUUGUAACAGCAACUUUCUACAUUGCUGCAUGGUGCAGCGAAUUCGCCAAGCUGAAAUUGGCGAUCUGCCGGACUGCAGUUAUUUUCGUAUUUAUUUUCAUUUUUCGAGCGUAUCGUGAAAGCGCCAAAAUGUUGUUGCUUUUGUCUUUGCGAUUACAUAAUAUUUACGCUUUAUAAAUGGCAUCAUUUGAUUGAGUUCCUGUGUGCAUUUUACGAUGAGUUAAUCAAUUAUAUUAUCUGUUGUAUCUAAAAAUAAAAGAGUUGAAAGCGUUAAAAUGCAGUAAAGGCUUGGUGAUAACUCACAAGUUAUUUACAUAAGUUUAUUUCUUGGCUUAACUUAAUAUAUCUAACAAGGCAGUUAUCAAACAUAGUGCUCUUGGGUCAUUUUCAAUUUAGUUGUGUAUGCACAAAUGUCGAUAAAAGCUAUUUAAAUAUGCAUUAAAGAUUUAAUGCUGACCCACUUCUGAUGCGCUUGAACUUAAGCGGCAAAUGUGCGCAUUUUAAUUCAUAUCAUAUCACAAUAUCAACAAUGCAGGCAAUACGAAAAACAAUUAUAAACAUUAGGUAUUAUGGCCACACAAUCAAAUUAAGCCAAAGCCAAGCCAAAUCAAUUUAAAUAAAGCGUAACCGAAAUUGUCUUAUGACCGACCGGCUACACCCACAUUUGCAUAAUGUUGUACCACAGAUACUGAUGCAUGCCAAAGACUUAAAGAGACCCACGCACCUAGCGGGUCAAGUAUUUACAUACACACACACAAAGACAACAAAAAAAGAAAUUAGCAUAAAAUGGUUUACUCGUAAAAUGUGAACUUGAAACUAUGUGAAUAUUUUUGUAUUUGGUCCAACUGUGUCAUGAUUCACUUCAAGAUACAGAUACAUUUCAGCUGGGGACACACGCCGGCUAAUGUGACAGCUGACAGACAGCGCACAAUAUGUAUCAAGACUUACAUAUGUACAUAUGUAUAUAUAUUGUAUAUACCUAUACCUAACUAUUAAGCGUUGGCUGCACGUGACUGUUGUUGCCAUUGUUGUUGCCACUUAACUGUUUUUGGACUGUUGCCGCCUCUAACGAAGUUGUUGGUUUUUUUUAUUAUUUAAUUUUUUGUUUCUUUUGAUAUUAUGCAAAUGGCAUUUCAAUUAAACGAAAUUUGCUUGUCCGCAAGGUUGCCCGUUAACAUCAUUAAAAGUGGGCAGCCUGAGCAGAAAACAAAAACACAGAGAAAAAUUGUCAACAUUAAUGCAACAGACCAGUAAACAGUGAACUUGAAAGCAUCGUUUGCACAAGGCGCGGUGGCUUGUUUGCAAAUUGCUGUUAAUUCAAUUUAAAAUACAAGCGACCUUUGUAA